AACCAAAGUUACAACUUCCAAGUCUUGCGAGAUUUAAGCCUUCAUUCCAGUGAAUUUUGCUUGCUUUAUGUCACCUCAGCUCUCAGCCGAACUGACGUCCAGAACUACCUUGACAUGAUUGCAGAGGUCCUGCUAGUCCUCGCAGGCCACUCUUCGUCGCUAUUCCCAACAGAUCACAAUUUACAUCCUGCAUUCAGACCAUUACUACAUCCAGGCGAAGAAGAAUGUCUUGAAGCCCUUGGACAAAUAGCUUUCAGAUACCGCAAUAUAAAGAAGGCCUGUGCAACCCUCUCCCGGUCCAAGUCGCGUUAUGUCUGUGCACUCUGCGCGACAUUAAACCAGAUUCUGAAGGACGAAUACGAAAGACUUGUGGUAGAUACAGAAGCCAAGGUCUUGAAACGCGAUCCUGAUCUUGUUGCCCACGGGUCUUUCGUACCGCUUUCUGCUGUACGCGCGACUUUUGCAGAAUGGGACUCUCCGCUCACAGCGCUAGAGACCUUGAUGAAUCAGCUCCAAGCUCAGAAGCAUUGGCAGCCCGGUCCCCUGAUUGACAUGCUGCUUGUCCGCUCAAAGACUGGCGUCCACCGGAUUGCGGAUAUCAUAUCACGCCUUUCUGUCGCCGUCCAACGCGUGUGGCGGAGCCAAUUGUCUGCGUUCCUGGUACACGGGUCUCUUGCUUCCUCUGAUCCUUUAGCAUCAGAAAAUUUCACGCUUUUGGAUGGCACUAUGCCCUCCUGCGUCUCACCCCAAACGAAAGAAUCCAUCGUUUAUGUGGGUCGAGCCAUCGCGACCAUAAAAGCCAAACAGUGGCAAAAUCAACUGCCGCGCGAACAGGCGCUUGAAUAUGCCAAUCUGCUGGAGACCGUCUUGCCCGAAGAUCAAUACAAAUUCGACCUUGUGAUCUCGCAGAUCCGGACAAAUGUCAGCGAAUGGCUAUGGCUCAACGUUCUGACACGGAAGGACGUCGAAGACGCCGUUAUAUCGCUGGCCAGCUACUUCCUCUUGCGCAAUGGCGAAUUCAGCCUAGCGCUCAUCCGUGAGAUCGAGCGCUUGAAGAUAUCGCGGCUCACGACACGGUCAGGAGCGGCGUCAGUGAUUCGAGAACAAGAUUUAAACCUAGCGCUCCUCCGAGCGUCUCUCGGAACUACCGCUCAACAUGAUUCGUCCCUUUUACACCUCCACUUCGAGCUCCCUUCUGGGCCCCUCAGGCCCCUCCUGCCGUCAUUGGCAAAUUCCAAAGCACUGUCUUCAUCCGUUGCUAGUAAUUCACCCGAAGUCACGUCAUUUGAUGACCUCCUUCUAGGCACGAAUCUUAUACUGUCGUACAAUGUCACCUGGCCUCUGGAUCUCUUUUUGCACCCCUCGGAUCUUCAGAUAUACGCAGCUCUUUUCAACUACCUUUCUUCUUUACGCAAAACCCACAUCCGAAUUCAUACUUGCUGGACCUCACUCUCCAACGCACAACGUGCGCGACGGCGAUGGACAGGUCUUGGAGAAGGUGGUACUGCCGAAGACCUCGAAGUGCGUAGGGAACUGUUACGCUGUGGCUGGGGUGUUGUGAGGGAUAUGGGAUGGUUCCUUGACACGCUCCUCGGUUACGUCAUGGUCGAUGUCGUGGACGUCGAGUUCAGAAGACUGAAGGAUCUCUUGGUAAACCCAAACCGCGGACGCGCAGAGAGCGUGGGCAAGCACCCCAGUUCACAGAAUAUUGCCGCCCAAGCCAAUGCAGACCCCUCAACAUACCUCGAUUUCACCACGCUGCGAAAUAUCCAUACGACGUAUCUCGAGCGGUUGCUGACUGGGUGCUUGCUGUCUAAUCCCGCUCUUAGCGCGAUCCUUCGGCCUAUUAUUGAGGUGUGCGAACGAUUUGUUGCACAAGUCGAGAGAUGGGGCGGAGAUGUCCUGCCUGCGUUGUUGUUUGAGGGGAGUUUAUCAACUAGUGGGGCUGAUAAGGUGGGUGCUAUGGUACAGGAGCGGUUUCAAGUGGUGUCAGAGAUCAAUGAGAGCCUUCAUACGCUGCUUAAUUUAUUUUACGAGCAGCUUUCGCUAUCAACCUCUCAGCAGCCCUUCACGGCCACUGGGGAUGCCUCGAAAUCUAUCCUGAUGAACGCUAGCGUGGCAAAUGCAACGACAUUACAGCGGACAUCCAUCCGAGGAAAGGGAGCUAAAGGAUUUGAGGGAGAGGGAGAAGUUCGGCGGCAUGUUGAGAGGCUGUUACUUCGGCUGGACUUCAAUGGAGCAUUUUCGAAGCCCAGAGCUGGUGCCAGCGAAGAGAUUCGAUGGGAAGGUGAUAUCCUUUAAUAUUUGUAAUUCUGGAAUAGAUAAGAUUAUGCACGGCAUGAGCGCUAAGGUCGUGAUGUCUCCGAUUUCAUCUUCUUCCUUCUGCUGGCAGAUUGGUGGCAGCCUCGAUAGCUUUGCUGGUCCUGUCAGGUCCUUUCAGGUCGUUCUGUAUAAAUUAUCGUUGUUGCGGGUCCAGGUAAAGCCUACUCCCACGCCCAGGGAGUCCCAGGAUUAAUUUCAUAAUUUAAUACCACAAGUGAACUUUUAUAAAGCAGGUAA